GUUGUCGAAACUGUUUCUUUCUUACCUGAACUGUGUUUCAAUGAUUUAUGAAAAAAGUAAAUUAAGGAAGACAUUAACUAUUUUAUAGUGUGGAAGUACACUUUGGAAUAAUUCGGUAGCUCUGAGGAACAACCAUGACAGUUGUCAUUCUUUUGUAAAGGUUUAAAACGUGUCACCCUAUGAUAUCAUCGUUGUGGAUCGCAAACAUAAUUAUGACAGGAACUAUUAAAGGUGACAAUAUUUGAGUUUUCUUGUUGACAUGAACAGAGACAAUGAUGACACUAUCACAUCAACUGAGACAACGCAUUGGAAAAACACAUCAGAUCAGAAUUGGCUGCCAUUGGAAACUGAUGAGGAAAUCCAAUUAAAAAGCCCAACAUGUAAAGAAAAUAGAAGCAUUGGUGAAGAUGAAAACAAAACAAAAUGCAAUACUAGGAAUGAAGGUCAGGAGGUCAAACCUGUACAUUGUGACCAAAACCAGGACCAGAUUUUGUCAGAAUUAAUAAAUGAUGAACAGUUGAUCAGUACAAAUUCUAAACAAGAAAGAAAUAAUUCUAAGGAAAUCAUUUACAGUAAGCCUGGCGUCCAACAGGCAGAUAGCAGCGCUGACAUCCAACAGGCAGGUAACAGCACUAAUGUCCAACAGGCAGGUAACAGCACUAAAGUCCAACAUGCAAUAACUCGAAUUGAUGUCCAACUGGCAGGUAAAAGUACUGAUGUCCAACAGGCAGGUAAAAGUACUGAUGUCCAACAGUCAAGUAACAGUACUGAUGUCCAGCAGGCAGGUAAUAGUACUAACAUCCAACAGACAGGAAACAGCACUGAUUACCAACUGACAGGAAACAGCACUGAUGUCCAACAGGCAAGUAACAGCAUUAAUGUGCUACAGGCAGGUAACAUCAAUGACAUCCUACAGGCAGGUACCAGCACUGCAGUCCAACAGGCAGAUAACAGCACUGAUGUCCAACAGGCAAAUAACAGCACUGAUGUCCAACAGGCAAUAACUGGAAUUGAUGUCCAACAGGCAGGUAGCAGCACUGAUGUCCAACAGGCAGAUAUUAUCACUGAUGUCCAACGGGCAGAUAAUGGCACUGACCUCCAACAGGCAGAUAAUAGCACUGAUGUCCAACAGACAGGAAACAGCACUGAUUUCCAACAGACAGGUAACAGCACUGAAAUCCAACAAGCAGGUAACAGCACUGAUGUCCAACUGGCAGGUAACAGCAGUGAUGUCCAACAGGCACAUAACAGCACUGAUGUUAAACAGGAAAAUAACAGCACUGAUGUCCAACAGGCAAAUAACAGCACUGAUUUCCAACAGGCAAAUUACAGCACUGAUGUCCAACAGGCAGGUAAUGGUACUGACAUCCAACAGGCAGGUAUCAGCACUGACAUCCAACAGGCAGGUAACAGCACUGAUGUCCAACAGGCAGGUAACAGCACUGGUGUCCAACAGGCACAUAACAGCACUGAUGUCAAACAGGAAAAUAACAGCACUGAUGUCCAACAGGCAAAUAACAGCUCUGAUGUCCAUCAGGCAAUAAUUGGUAUUGAUGCCCAACAGACAGGUCACAGCACUGAUGUCCAACAGGCAGGAAACAGCACUGCUAUCCAACAGGCAGGUAACAGCACUGAUGUCCAACAGGUUGGUAACAGCACUGAUGUCCAACAGGCAGGUAACAGUAAUGAUGUCCAACAGGCAGGCAACAGCACUGAUGUUGAACAGGCAGGUAACAGUAAUGAUGUCCAACAGGCCAAUAAACAAGUAGGUAAUAUUCAACAACAAUCAUUUCAAAGUCAAACCCUCCAACAACAACAAAAUGAUGGCGAAGACCUUCAACUAAAACCAAUAAUCAGCAUUGAUAACCAUUUACAAUUGAGUAACAACCAACAGGAACCAACUAAUGCCAUUGACUUUCAGGAACAAUUGGUCAAUACUAACAGCAUUCAACAACAACUACUUGACAACACUAACAUCCAACCACAACAUAAUGACAACAGUUGUACCAAACAACAACCAAUUGAAAACAGUAAUGCCAAACAACAACCAAUUGGCAACAGUGACAUUCUGGAACAAUCAAGUUACACCAGUAACACCAUACAACAAUCAAGUGACCUAAAUGACACCCAACAACAACCAGGGAACAACAGUAACAAUCAACAACAACCAAAUGACAAAAAUAACACUAAGCAACAAUCAAAUGAUAAAAAUUGCACCUCACAACAACCUAGAGAUGAAAUAAUUGCCCAACAACAGCCAAAUGAUAGCAGCAAUGCCAAGCAACAGCCAAGUAACAACAAAAAAAUCCAACAACAGCCAAAUAACAACAGUAACAUCCAACAGCAUCCAACUGAUAACAUUGACAUUGAACAACCAUCAUGUAGAAUCAGUGACAUUAAACAACCAAAGAACACUGUACAAGAUGGACAGAAAAUAAUGCUAACAGGUUUCCAAGACAGUGAUAUCCUGAAGGAAACAAUUGAAAAGGACAAUGAAAAACUGAUGAUAAUAACAACUGAUGACCAUGAUAGAGAUAACAGGAACACCCAACAGCAAUUAGAUGAACAACAUGAUGACACCAAAAACAUCCAACAAGAUGGUCUAAUUAGUGUGCAACAUGAUGACACCAAUGACAGCCAACAACAGUUCCAUACCAGUGAACAACCAUGUGAUACUGAGAACAACAAAUCAAAGUGCCAUACCAGUGAACAACCAUGUGGUACUGAGAACAACAAACCACAGUGCCAUACCAGUGAGCCACCAUGUGGUACUGAGAACAACAAACCACAGUGCCAUACCAGUGAGCCACCAUGUGAUACGAAGAACAACAAUCCACAAUGUCAUAACAGUGAGCAACCAUGUGAUACGAAAAACAACAAACCUCAAUGCCAUACCAGUGAACAACCGUGUGAUACUGAGAACAACAAACCACAAUGUCAUAACAGUGAGCAACCAUGUGAUACGAAAAACAAAAAAACACAGUGCCAUACCAAUGAGCAACCAUUUGAUGCCAAGAACAACCAACAACAGUGCUAUACCAAUGAGCAACCAUGUGAUGCCAAGAACAACCGACAACAGUGCCAUAGCACUAAGCAACCAUGUGAUGCCAAGAACAACAAAGCACAGUGCCAUACCCUAGAGCAACCAUCUGAUACUAAGGAUAACCAACAACAGUGCCAUAACACUAAGCAUCCAUUUGAUGCCAAGAACAACCAACAACAGUGUCAUACCAGUAACCAUCCAUGUAAUGCCAAGAACAACAAAGUACAGUGCCAUACUUUAGAGCAACCAUCUGAUAGUAAGGAUAACCAACAUCAGUGUUUUGUAAGCGAGGAAAAUAGUGAUACAAAGGUCAAUCAACAGUUAAGUCAAACCAGUAAGGCAGAAAGUGACUUAAGGAACCGCCAACUACAGUGUAGUCCCAAAAAACAACUGAAUGACAGCAAGGACAGCAUGCAACAAACUAGUUCCACUGAAAAACACAGCACACUUUUAGGUAAACUAAAUGCAAGGGCGAAGGACAACAUUAAGUCAUUUAAAACUGUUGAACAACAUAUGGAGGAUCCAAAUCAAAAAGAUAUCAAGGUAAUUGAAGAAUAUUAUAACAGCAAUCAAGAGCUGCCUAUUGAUUUAUCAAAUCCAAAUAAAAAGUCCAACAGUAACAAUGGAUUUCUGUUAGCACCUAAACAAGUGAAAAAGCAUACUGAGAGCAUGGCAUCCUCAAUACAUAGUCAUUCCAAUUAUCCUGAUGACAGAAUGCAACAAUCUCACGAUGAGAAAAGUUACUUGAAGAAUAUUAUUCACCAUUCUAAAAUGAAAGAUGGUCUACAGUCUAUUACCAUUCCUAAUAGUAAAAAAAGUGACAAUCUUUUACACAUUCCUAAGAGAAAAGCACAUAGAAACAGACAAAAAUAUUGUGAUAUCAGAGACAUGCAGGAACUAUAUAAGACAUACCAACAGGAAGAUGUCAGCAACUUCCAUGAGUUCAAGGUACAAGGCAAGGAUGUUCACUUUCUACAUUCACCUAAUGAACAAUUUGGGAAAAUACAAGACAACCUACAACAGAAAACUUCAGGUGGGGAUUAUUGUGUGAUGAGACAAUUAAGUCAUCCAAGUAAACAGGAAGUUGUCAUGGAUACUGAAUAUAGUGGAAGCAGUGGUCAGCAAAGUGACAGCAAUUCAGAAAAUAAACAUCAGAUAGUUACAUAUCAACGUCAACAAAGUGAAAGUUCAGAAAAUAGUCUUCAGAUCAUCAUGGAUCAGAGUACUAGUAUUGGACAUAGUGAAAGUACAAGUUCAGAAAAUAGUCUUCAGAUUGCCACAGAUCACACUGAAUUUGAAAAGCUAGUUUUUCCUGUCAAAUUAGAAAUUGAUGAACGGGUCACAUCUGAGUCUGAGAUUGAACAUCCUACCAAUCAACAAAGUGAACAUGGCACAGAGGGUGGGAUUCAGGAUGACAUUGCUCACAAAGAGAAUAUAAGUAUUUUGUUUGUUUGUAACACCUGUUUGAGAGAGAAGAUGACCACAGCUACUUUUCCAAAUGGUCAAACAUUAGCUAGGCACGCCAUACUGGUACACCAUCCUCUUCCUAACCUGACCGGACCAUAUUUCCAGUUCACAUGUCACACUGAAGACUUCAAUUACUAUUGCAUUCCAGUUGUACAGGAAAAGCUUUAUCCAUGUAAAUUUGGAAACUGUACUGAAACAUAUACAUGUGCCAGACUUCUGAGAAACCAUGUGUCUGAACAUCACACAAAGAGACAACUAGUAUUUGACUAUAAAAAAUGUCAGUACAGGCAUUGUGAAAGACUAUUCUCCAGCCAGGAGUCUAGAAAACAGCAUGUUAGAGAAUUUCAUAUAGAUCACAGUAUAAAAAGAGAGGAUGGAUAUGGUGCUUUAUGGAUUAUAAAGAGCUCACCAAACGACAAGUUAGGGAACAAGCAAGGGAUGCACAAAAAUGAACGCAUCCAUGAAAAUUGUUUUCAGGAAAUCAGGAACUUCUUUGUGGAAGUUUACGAGGUCACACGAAUAAUUGUCUCUUCUGGUGAUUACUUUGUAUCGUUUUGUGAAAACUGUGCAUACUAUGAUGCUCCAAGAGAUUUUGACGUACUAAAAUAUGGCAAAUUGUGUAAAGAUGAGAAACAGUGUGAUGUCUCUUACGUAUGUCGGGAGAUCAAAAGUGCGUAUGGAGAUUUUAUUGUUGAUAUCAACAAUGUUAAAAGCAGAAUGUUGAAUAGUGGGGUUUUAUUUCAUGAUUUUCAUUUCGGUUGUUGUAUUUUUAUUGAUGAUGUUGAAACCCGAUCAGAAAUCAAGGAAGACAAUGGUGAAAAAUCAAUGGAUUCUGAAAUUGAUAUACCUAUAUUAAAAAAGAUUAAACCAACAAAAAAUGAAUUACAAAAAUCUAUUUCUGAAAAUAUUAAACCAAAAGAUGUGGAAGCUGACAUUGGAGAUUUGGUUUUUUUGUAUGGUAAACCUAAUCCUAACUAUUCUCCAGCCUGUCCUGAAACUGUGGAAGAUAAUUUAGACAGUCCAGAAGGGGAGAUAAUUUACCAUGAUGAAAAUGAUCAAGAUAAUUAUGCUGUUUUAAGUUGUGAUGCAUUUCCAAGUGAGUUGAACAGUUCAGCAGAACCAGCUGAAGAAGAUAUAGACAGGAAAAAUGUCAUAAAAGUUGAAAGUUAUUGGGAAGAAUUUGGUGAUGAUUCUAUAAAAAGAAGUUUAAACAUUUCCACAGAUGAUCAAACAGUUAACAGAAGUAUGAAGCCAGAACCUAUUAAUGAAGAAAUGGUUCUGACUGAAAAUGUGAAACAGGAAAAAGUCAAUAGUGGUAAAACUAAAUCAGAUAAAAUUAGGUCAUCAAAGUCUUCGAAGAAGGGAGGUAGUAAAAACAUGAAAAAACCAUCCCAAACCGAGGAAAAUAAAGUUCAUACUUGGAAAGAAGAGGAAAUAGGGAGUUGUAUUUCAAUACCAGAUUCACAUUUGGUAACAAGUGACUUCUUAUCUGAAAUCUCAGAAAAUUUCAUUGACAGUGGUUUGAAUGUAGUAGAAGAUACAUAUAGUAAGGUUCAGAAGUCCUCUGAUGUUAUCUGUGAUACACUGGAAGGGGGAUCUACCAGUAUAAAAAAAGAUCCAAAGUCUCAAAAGAGUUUAAACAAAGAUUCCAAGUCUCAAAAAUGUUUUAUUGAAGAUUCCAAGUCUCAAAAAUGUUUAAACAUUCCUAGUAGUGGUGGUAGUGCCUUCAAAAGGAGUUUGAGUGUACCUCCGGGUGACAAAUCCGUUAAACAAAGAGAGAAAAAGCAAAAAAUAAAUGAUAAACAAAACAAAUUCUCUUCCAAAUGCUCAAGUAGUAGUGAACAGAAUAGUGCUAAAGAGGAAAAGAAAGAAACGUUCAGUAAAAAGCCUUAUGGUUCAUUGCUUAAUAUUGAAGGAAUUAAAACCAACAAAAAAAGCAAAAUCACUGGCCGUUAUUCAUAUGGAGAUGUUAUUGCAAUUAAAGUGGACAAAAGUGGAAGAAAUCAGUCUCAAAGGUUGUUGUUAGAUGAAACACAAAAAAGUCAUUUAAAAAAUCAAAUUGAUGAUACAGAUGAUGAUGAUGAUAUUAUAGAACUAGAUAUUGGUAGUACUAGCAAGGUCAAACUCAACAGAAGUCAAAGUGAAAAUGAUAUCAGUAAAAAUGUACAUCACGAUAUAAUAGAAAUAGAUGUAGAUCACAAUCACAAAAACUCUCAUAGCAGAAAUGUAUAUAAGGAUGAUAUAAUUGUUAUAGAUACCGGUGAGAAUCUCGAAGACAUGCAUAAUAUAAAAGGACAUUCCAAUGACAAUCCUGUACACCUACAUAAAAGGAAAAGACACUCCAAUGACAAAACAGAUUUAGAUAUCGGUGACAAUAUUAGAAAGUCAUAUAAUGAAAGUAGAAUGUCACUUCAUAACUCAAAUCUUAAUAAUGGGAAAAACAAAAGUACCAAAACACUCAAGUCACAUGACGAAGUGAUACAAAUUGAUAAUGAUGAUGACGUCAUGUCACAUGACCUGUAUACUAAUCAUAAAAAACUAAAAAAAGAUGAAAUGUUAGAUGAUUCUGACGAUACUGAUGAUUAUACUCAUGAAGAGUACAGUGUACAGUCUCCUUCUGAUUUUAAAACAAAAAAGGAUUCUUCAAUCAAAUUUAAAGAGAAAAAUUGGAAAUUGUCUGACAAAACUGAUUGUCAAAAUAGGAAAUUUCUGGACAGCAAAAGAAAACAGGUUGAUAAAAGUAAUCACAAAAUUGAUCAUACCAAGAAAAAAUCUCAACCUUUUCAACAGAAAAAGAAAUUUUGUGAAUGGAAAUUUCCGAAGAAAACUAAUCUUUCAAGUUCCAAAGUUAAAAAAGAAACAAAUUCUGUGAUUGAAUUAAAUUCUAUGCAGAAUGUCUGUGAUAAUAUAAAAUCUGAAUCAUUCCAAAAACAUUUGUCACAUGGUGAAAGUUUGGUAAAUGAGGAAGGCACUGUAAAUGAAAAUGGAUCUGAUUUAAAACAUGAAAAAGAAAAAUGGGUGGUAGAGGGACAUGAAAUUAAGGAUUGUAAAAUUAAAGUUUUUAAAUUAGAUGACAGCGAUGUGGAUUAUGUUUGUCAGGAACUAAAAUCAGGACAUAAAACAAAUUAUGCAAAUUACCUUUAUUCUAUGCAGAAAUUAGAUGCACGUAAUUUUGAUCAACUAAUGAAUGGCUGCUUAAAAUUAGAUAUGAAGCCUAGAAGGUUGAAAAGAAUUGUAGAAAUUUGUAAAAAAUUGUUUGAGAUGAAUAAAUAUUUUCAUGAUAAUCCUCAUAAAAGAAUAGAAUGUUCAAGAAAAAGAAAAUCAAACUCAUUUAGGCCAAAUGGAGAGUUAAAGAAGAGAAAAAGUGAUAAUAAUGUAUUGGAAUUUGUGGAUCUUGAUUGGAUAAUGGAUUCGGAUGAUUCAGUGUCAAUAUCUGAAGAUGAUGAUGAAGACACAGAUUUUGAUGAUUUGGAUUUUACAGACAAUGACUUGUUUUGCCCAGAGCCUGGAUGUACAAAGCGAUUUGCCAGUUCUGUGACUCUUGAACAUCAUAUAGCAAGGAAACAUGAUGAUCAGCUAUACGAAGAAAGAAAGUUCUGUCCUGUUGAAAGCUGUGAGAGGAGUUACUCAAACAAACAUAACCUAAUGACACACAUUAAAAAGGACCAUGGUGAAGUUGUUUACAAUGAAAUCAGAUCAGAACUAUAUGGUGUGAAACCUGAACCUGAAUCAGCGAUGGUUCGACCAGCAGGAACCUGUUUAAUGCCAACAGUUUGGCGAAAUCCUCUACAUUUAAUACCAUCACAUGUGAAAGAAAAAAUGUCUAAGACUUCAACUACUGAGCCUCCUAAAAAUGUCAAGGAAGUGGAGGACAUCAAAAAUAUUUUAUCAGAUUUUACUCAAACUGGACGAGGGUCUUCUUACUCUAUUUUAUCAAAUAAAUAAUAUAUAUAUUUCUAAAA